GCCCCGCCCCCUCGGACCGGAAGGAGUUGCGGUGCUUCCGGUACCGGGCGACCCCUGGUUGCCCCGGUGAUGUCGUGGGUUCAAGCUGCUGGCUUGGUCGGAUGCCCUGGAGACGAGGGGGAUGUGUUUGAUGAGGAGGCUGACGAGUCGCUUCUGGUGCAGCGAGAAUGGCGGAACCACAUGCACAGACGAGUCCAAGAAGGUUAUAGAGAUGGAGUAGAUGCUGGCAAAGCAAUUGCUCUUCAACAGGGCUUCAAUCAAGGUUAUAAGGAGGGGGCAGAAGUCAUUAUAAACUAUGGACAACUCAGAGGAACAUUAAGUGCUUUGCUCUCCUGGUGUCACCUUCAUGGUAAUAGUUCUGCUUUGAUCAGUAAAAUAAAUAAUCUUCUGGAUGCAGUUGGCCAGUGUGAAGAGUAUGUGCUCAAACAUCUGAAAUCAAUCACUCCACAGCCCCGUGUUGUAGAUUUAUUGGACUCCAUUCAGGAUAUGGACCUUUGUCAUGUAGUUCCAGCUGAGGAAAAGAUUGAUGAAGCUAAAGAUGAAAGAUUCUGUGAAAAUAAUGCUGAGUUUAACAAAAACUGUAGCGAGAGUCCUAGUGGGAUAGAUUGUUCCUAUUUAGAAUGUUGUAGAGCACAGCAGCAUGCACAUCCUGAAAGCCCAAGCCUCACCUGGAUUUUAGAACAGACAGCCAGUUUAGUAAAACAGCUGGGAAUAUCAGUAGAAGUAUUACAGCACCUCAAGCAAUUAUAGAAGUUACCACUUUUCUAAUGAAAAGAAUGUCUCAGAACACUUCUUAGCGUGUUAUCAUUGUUUCUUAACCAAACUUUGCACCGAUUUCUACAUUAAAUACUUGAGCUGUUAGGAUUAUCCUUCAUGGAAUUUGGAAAUAUCUUCAAAAUUAACACUACUAACUGUAAUAUAAGACUUUUUUCUUUGACAUUGGUCCAACAUUCUGCCAUUUCUGUAUCUGCUCAAUCAACAUUACUUACCUGCUUACAAGACAGUAGUCAGGGUUGAUUUAUCUUGUAACCUAGAAGGUGGGAGAAAAAUCUCAUUAAAACCCUAAGAAUGAUUUUGGUUUUCUAAUUUUUAUGUAGUUUAAGAUAUGCUAGAGAUUCCAGUUGCCUUUGUCAUUUUCAAAUUUCUGAUCAAAAUCAAGCAUUUUCAGGCUAGUUGGCAAAAGUGAACAAGAAACAUGUUUUGUAAGGACCCAACCCUACUUUCUGCUGCUAUCACUAUUACGUGGUCAGUACCAAAGUUACCAAAAAUUACAUACUGGCUAAUGUAGAUAGAUAAAUAAACAUAAAUAUAUAGAUAUGUAUGUGUGUAUAUAGAGAGAGAAAUUAAAGAGACUACAAGUGUGAGAAACUGAAGUGAUGUUUAUACUGAUUAAAAAUAAAAUUUGUUUUAGUUUCAUGUUGAUUAAAAGUACAUUCGAGGGUGGUACUAUUGUGAUUGCUGUCAUUAAGUUGUACAUGUGUAAAAAGUUGAAUUGGCAGAACUUGUGUGAUAGAUAUAUUUACAACAACAACAACAAAAAAGAGUAGUUGCUAAAGUUGUUUAUGUACAAUCAAAUGCCUCACGGGAUUUGGUUCCUUGGUUUGGAGGUUUAGGGUUAUAGUUUCAUGGGACAUCCCAGUUAAUUGGCCUAGUAGCAUGUUUAGUGCCUCUGUCCCAUCUCCUAGUUCAUUGAGUAGUGCCUGGGAUCUUAAAAGCUUGCAAGCGGCCAUCCAAGGCAUGACAGUUGGUCUCUAUUCACCUGGAGCAACAGAGGAAGAAAGAGAGUCAGAAAUAGGAGGAUAUGGAAUGUGUGGCUGAUUGCCCCCAUGAACAACUGUCUCUGUUGCCAUGAGACCAGAAGAACUGGAUGGUGGCCAGCUACCAUUCUAACACUUUGAUCAAAGAUUCCAUUGAAGAACCCUAAUCAAAAGGGGGGAAAUGCAGAACAGAAUUUGAAAUUUUCAUAGACUCCAGACUUUCUGGAGCCAAAGAGGAUGGAUGAACCCGUGAAACUAUUAUCCUGAGAUAAUCUUUAAACCUUAAACCAGAAAUAUCCCCUGAAAAAAAAAAAAAAAACCC